GCUUUAGCCGUAUUUGAAACAACGGAAUCGAAACUUGCUCCAACCGUGCUAUUGAAUAAUGGUUAUAAAAUUCCGAUCGUCGGUGAUGGAACCUAUCUCUCAAAAGGUAAUGAAGUUGAGCAAGCAGUAAAAGACGCGAUCGAUGUUGACUAUCGCCACAUUGACACCGCCUAUAUUUAUCAAAACGAAGUUGAAGUGGGAAAAGCGAUUCGGGAAAAAAUCGCAGAAGGAGUGAUCAAACGGGAAGAUAUUUUUGUUACCACCAAAUUGUGGAACACAUUCCACGAACCCGACCAAGUCGAAAUAGCAUUCAAUAAGUCGCUAGAAAAUUUGGAUUUAGAAUACAUUGACUUGUAUUUGAUGCAUUUCCCAAAUGCUUGGCAACGCAUUUUGAAAGAACCUUCUCUCGAUCCCAACGAUGUCGAUUCGUAUCAGCUCACUCCACAGGAUGAAAAUGGCAAACUUUUGACGGCUAAUGUCGAUUAUGUCGAUACGUGGGUUGCCAUGGAAAAGCUCGUUGCUAGUGGUCGAGUGCGUAGCCUUGGCAUAUCGAACUUC